CUCCGGUCAAACCGUGCAUUCUCGCUAUGGUCGCACGCCUCGUCUGUCUCGUGUGUGUUGUGUUGGUCUAUCAAGGGUACAUGUCACUUCGCACAUCUGCACGUCGUCCAGGUUCACUCGACAAAUGAAAUGAUAAACGAGUUUGGGCAUUUUGUCUCGAGUAUGUAACAUGGGUUUCUGUGUCACUGAGAGUGGCAACGACUUAGUGCCCUCGGCCCAAUGUCAACGCAUGCAGUGGUUGAUACGUGGUUCAAGCUACAACUGCAGCUAUUUUCUACGUUAGCAGGGAGAGUUAUCUCAACUGAAUUGUCAUUCAGAACACCUCCGUCACUGUUAGCUUGUGUGGGGUCACGCAACAGACGCCACCAACCUCUGCGGAGGAGCUGGCAAUCCAGGCACCCGACAGCACAGGGCCAAACGUUUUUCUCCAGCAGCGACAUCGCUGGAUGACAUCUCACUGUGCCAUAUAUCUUGACCACCAGCGAGCAGACCUGGCAGAAGUAGCUAGUGAUGUACGUGUCAGUCAUCCGCAUCUAUUUACGUGACCUCACCAUUCACUCUGGCGAUGUGGAUUGCACCCUGGUAGAGCUCUCGAAGAGAGCAAAGAUGGGCAGCGGGCUCGCCGCAGAUAUUGAAGUGUAGUGCCAUCUCAAAUGUACAGCCUGCGCAGCCUGCAAAGGAAAUCGAGGCAUCCAUGACAUCACUUAAUGAGCAUCAAAAGUGCACGCACCUUGGAAAACGAACUCUGUAUCGGCAAUUCCUGUGAGUCCACCUGCGGUUAGGCUGGCGACUUCUCCCUCCUGAGCAGAGCGUUUCUUGCGUUGCAAAGGACCUCACGAAUAGACACUAUCCACUCACAGGAAGGGCACGUCUGUAGAAUCGCAACUCGUCAAUGUAUCCCUGAGACGUUAAUUAUGCACCGAUUUUUCUGACGCCACGAACUGCAGCAUCUGUACCUCGAAUCCGGAGUUCUCCAUGGUAGAUCCAACGACAAUAUCUCCGCUGUUUGAAACGACCACCCCACGUAGUGCCUGGAAUGCGACCAAAACCGGUCAGUGUUCAGAAACGAAAGCACGAAAGAACAUUAGAUACUGACAAUUUCGUUAUCCUUGACACCCUACACGAAAACAGUGACAUUACGUCUGAGUGAUUGCAUGUUUGAGUCGCUCACAUUGACGAACAGUUUCAAUCUGCUUUCACUGGCAGUGACUGAACCGUAUGCAUUUCUGCAUGUUGGUGUCUUCAAUCCCUAACCGAAGGAGGGUACCUGCAAUGUGAGUCCACCUCCUCAGCGGGAGAGCGCCAAGAGAGGGAAUCCCCUCCGAGGUGCUGUCCGUUGUCGUCACGCGGAUUGAAAGUUUCCUUGUUUUCGGGUACAGCAGUAUGGUGGGCGUUUGGCUGGCAUCAGUCCUGUAACGAAUAUUAUUAUCACCGAGGACCUAGGAAUUUUCCCCAGUAACACACGCACCCUUUCGAUAUGAUAUUACGAAAGUAGCCGGUCGAGUCGCCCAAAAGGUACAUCCAGAAGGCCCUGUGGCGACGGGACCAUUGAAGGGGGAAAUGGCAGCAGGGUUAAUUCUUGACUGCGUCCCUACACUGUAAACUCGCUGGACUCCAAAGUGGAGCUUGACCGUAUGGUCCCGCUCGCUCCUAGCAUAUCGUAGGUGCUUUGGUUGCGGUGGCCACGAUUUGCUGCUACUCUUACCAUUGACAAAAGCGGCGCUCGCGCCCUUCCCUGUACGCGAAACGUCUCGUGGUCUCUGGCAUUUCAACAGAAUAUCUUCCUUCUGUACCGUUAUGAGGUGGCCCAGACCGGGGUGCCCUGUGCAUGUGAUUGCCGUUUCCAGUUUGGUCAACUGGGUAGAUCUCGUCGAAUGUGAACCAAGCGCUGAGACCUUCCGGGACUGCAUUCGCAGUUAUAAUUUGAGACGUUCCUCCUGGAUUAGGAUGCAGUGUUAAAGCUGGUCUUCAGUGUUGCUUCAGUAGCGCCAUACCAAGGCAAAGUGCGUUUGGCACACUGAAGCAUUUAUCAUAUAUUCUGUCAGCGAAGUUUAGCAUCGUUUUUGCUCUCAAACUGAUAUCUCUUGUUCCCUCGAUGGCAUCUCCAUGUAGCGCUGCUGGGUCAAGCAUGCCAAAAGCCGACAUACUAGAACUAGCAACCAGUCCGGAGCACACUCCUACAAUAAACUUGAUACGUGUCAUUUUGUGAAACGACACAGCACAUAACCACUCGGACUGUCUCACGAAGCUGUAGGGCGGAUUCACCAAUGAUCUUUCGCAGCCGAUCCAAAACUACUUGCCCACUUCCGGUGUACGUACAUCGCGCGACAUGAGAGGCAUUCAUUGUUUUCCAUAGAAAACACUACUGGACAACCAUUCGGUAGCGCACAAGUUGAGCCUCUGACAAAUCUUUCCUCAUCACGUGAAUACACGCUGCGUGAUUCGUCAGUGACUCCACUGUGGUCUUUAACCACCAUCAGAGUCCUGUAAGCAUCCUUUGUUUCCGUUUAAAAUGCCUGCCAGAUGGCACGACGCCGUCUGGUUUUGCCGGCUUUCUCCGAGUCCUAUUAGACUUUGAUGCCUUACGGCUUUUUUUUAAGAAUGGUUCUUUUGAGAUUUGCCGACUUUCCAGUUCCGCCACCAGACGCUCCUGUUGAACUGCCACCGGCACGAUGCAGUAUUCCGCCACGAAAACGCGCACCGCAAGCUCCGCUACCAUUAAACGGGUUUCGUCUGCUUUAGAUGUUUCCUUCCGCGUCAUCAAGGCAAAAGCAUUGCCACUGAUGUUACCGAAGCUUUCCCGCCAUGCUGCGCACAAUGCCCAAUCUUCCGUCACGGACCUCUUCCGGUAACCACCUAAAGGAGGAUUACUGGGCAACCCAAAACGCUGCAACAAGAAGCACAGUCCAGGUGUCGCUAGAUUCGAGCCUGCAUGGUCGUUCCGUAGCUCCAUACAACAAUUCUCUGUGUGACGGCGAGAGGAGUAACGCGCUAGUGUGUGUCAGCGACGCGGCAGUCGAUCCGAUCCUGCAACAGGCAGAGGUGUGUCGAUGCUCAGUGAUGCGACGGCGUAUCUGAAGAGGACUGUAGCUCCACCACGACCUUCGUGGGAGCACGAAGUGUACUCUGUUGUCGUCGGUCUCGUAUUUUUUUGAGUUGUGUACUUCGCUGCAAGAGGAGGGUGAGAUUCGACAUCUGUGGGCGUUUGGGAUCGUGAUGACAUCGACUGUGCUUUGAUAUAUGAUGUGUUUUUUUUCGAUUGGAUGAGCACAUUCCAGUAAGCUUCCUGCCGCGCGUCUCUGCUAUGAGGCUCUUCCGGUGCUGUGCUGCGGCCGUUGUGGCGGCCGAAUCGUUACUGUGGCUGAAGAACGGCUCCCCGUUUUUUGCCUUUCUUCCUGGGAAUGGAGAGAUUGCAGACAACUGCUCUGGGAAUCCAUGCGGUGGCACCGCAGCUGGUACGUGCAUAAACACACCAUCUGGAUAUGAUUGCAGGUGCGAACCAGGCUACGUUCUGGGCGUUGAAAAUGACCAGGUCACGUGCAUGAUGCCCUCAGGUGUACCCAUGGCUAAUUUUGUACAGCUGUCGGAAAAGCCUGCAGCUUGCAGCUCAAACCCUUGUGGACCUGAGGCAGCCGGCACCUGCAACGAGACAAACAGUGGUUACAUUUGCCGCUGUAAUCAAGGCUACAGAAUAUCUCUCGACGGGACAGGAAACGUGACAUGUAUUGUAAGACAGGAAAGCGGCUGUGAGGAAAACGGGUGUGGGCCGCCAGAUGCAGUACAGAGUUGCCGCCGACUAACAGGGACGGCAGGUCGACUAUGUGUAUGCAAGGAAAACUUUAUAGCGACAAUCGACGCCAGUGCCCAUAUCACCUGCAAGCGUGUGCCUCCCCAUUAUAGGAAGCCUCCCUUCGAAUUUGGCAAGGGAGGUCAUCCUGUGGACUCAGAACCAUCGAAACGCCAGAGGGAAGAUGAAGGUGAAAGUCGUGAGCCUGAAAGCGACUCAACAGAACCGGGGAGAGAUCAGGAAAGAAGAACACCACUUGAGGAAAGCCAGGAACCGGAAGGAAGCACCCCGGACAGUCAGCAGAGCCGAGGUGGUUCUGGUAGCGACAGUACCGAGAGCGAGGAACAAGGAAAGGAGAGAGAGGAAGGAAGUGGACAUGCUGGUGCGAUCGCUGGGGGAGUUAUUGGAGGCCUGUUACUUCUGAGCGCUGCCGGAGCGGGUGUUGCAUACAUGAGAAAGAGUGGGAGCGGUGGAGGGGAGGAGAUAGAAUACGAGAGGGGUAUCGAGGCUGCAGAGGCCAGUGAAGUCGAAGUCCUCGUUGAUUUGGAUAGCAAAACAUGGGAUUAACACGUUCUCGGCUGAGACUUCACAAUGUAGGGUGUCGCUGGCAGAUCAGCUGCAAUGCGAGAGGUGACGCGAGUAGUGAGCACCGCUUCUUUUAAGCGCGGACAUUGUGCUCGGUCUUCUGUCACCCCCGAAUCAAAACACAUGUAUGAUAAUAGUUCCUGUUGACUUCCCCUGCCGACAAAGAACUGCUGUGUCGAGGCCGGCUUCUGUGCACUCAUCCCAAAUGAGAUGGACUGAUGUUUUAGAGACACCUCAUCGCCGACGGAAACCAUCAGCUCCCAGAGAAACUAUGCUGCGUCGUUUUUUAGGUGAUCUGUUGCGUAAUGCGCACCUUCAUAUCAUCUGUGUGUUGACUGUUUGGUCGUUUUCCGUUUAGUCAAAUGAAUGCAGUGAAAUGCAGGGAAUUUAGCAGACACCGAGAACUGUCCUCUUGUUCUGUGCGCGAGUUGUUUUUAACGUAUAGCGAUGCGUUUGCACUUGAUAUUACCCUAAGCCAUCAGUGGGUAUUUAGAGGAGCCCACAGGUGAUGGGGGUGAUCCCUGUUUCUUGUCAUUUGGCUUGUAGGGUUCGCUGGAACUAUCUGGUGUCACGGAAGAGUGGCUUUACUGUCUGUCCCCAAACGCAAGGCAUCAGUGUAACCCCGAUAGGACUCUGGAGACUUCUGCUUCACUGCCGCGUUGCAAUUUUCCCGCGUCAUGUGGCAAUAACGGUAAUUCCACGUGCACGCCGCAUACCGGAUCUUUGCUCCCAGGCUUUCUUAUGAGGUCGGCAUACGUACAGCGGCGGCGUACCUCCGCUCUAGAGAAGACCGGUCCAACCGACUUUGAACAGCAUGCUUGUGAAUGAGUGCUUAAACACCCUGAAGUGAUGGUGGAAUGUAGCAGUCUGGGACGGUUGAUGCGAGGAUAUCACCAUUAGCAUAGACUACCUUGCUCUUUAGCGAGGCGAGACAACUUAUUUAGGUAGCCAUGAAACACCUCGAUAGUAUCAAUGACGACGUGCGGUUCACCAACUUCCGUCGCUAGCGCAGAAAACAGUCGGAAACACAACUCGGUGAGCACCUGAAGUGUCAGUACACAUUCGACCGUCGGGACCCGGGAUUCCGCAAGUGGCACCCGCUGGUCCAGUAGCAGGAACCUAGUUCAUUCAGUAUAACAGAUUUGGGGCGGCAAAGAGCAAUUUGCUCGACCUAACGCUUGC